AUGCAAGUACAUAAGGGAACAUUUCUUCCAUUGGUAGUCCGACCAACCGUAGAUCAAGUGGCCCUAUGGUCAACGUGGUUGACUGUCCUUUGUUCUUUGAAGAUGUUUCAAGCUUUAGCCCGAGACAGACUUGAACGCUUGAAUGCAUCUCCUUCUGCAACUCCCUGGACUUACUUUCGUGUAUAUUCUGUCUUAUUGUUGGUUCUAUCUGUCGACUUGCUCUGGAUUAGGCUGUGUCUGACGAUAUACAGAGCAAUAAGUUCAUCUAUGGUUUUAUUGUUAUUCUUUGAGCCUCUUAGUAUUGCUUUUGAGACACUACAGGCCAUUGUGGUUCAUGGAUUUCAGAUGCUUGAUAUGUGGCUCCAUCACUCAGCAGGAAAUAGCUCAAAUUUCCGAUUAUCCAAGCUCUUUGAUAUAUCAUCAACAGGUUCAUUGUGUGAAUGGAAAGGCAUUAUUAUUCGGAACUUGGGUUUUUCCCUGGACAUGAUGACGUUGUUGAUGGCUCUUGCUCAUUAUGUGCAUAUUUGGUGGCUUCAUGGCAUGGCACUGAACCUUGCGGAUGCAGUGCUUCUCCUAAAUAUACGAGCAUUGUUAAGUGCCAUCAUGAAGCGUGUUAAAGGAUUCAUCAAAUUGAGGAUAGCUUUGGGCACCCUUCACGGGGCACUUCCCGAUGCAACAUCUGAAGAGCUACAAGCAUAUGAAGAUGAGUGCGCUAUUUGUAGGGAACCAAUGGCUAAGGCUAAGAGGCUUUCUUGCAAUCAUCUUUUCCAUCUUGCAUGCUUGAGGUCAUGGUUGGAUCAAGGAUUGAGUGAAAAUUAUUCAUGUCCCACCUGCCGAAAGCCACUUUUCAUGGGCAGACCCAGACCCACAGACGAAGCAAACCCCAGUGCUGCAGAUGUUUCGAGUGAUGAGGAGCUUGCCCGUCAAAUAAGUUCUGGUUUUAAUCAGCAAAAUCCUCCUGGUCAUAUGCUGCAUACAGGAGUGUUCCCCAAUCAGACACCAAGCCCUUUAGAAAGUGGUGAUUGGAGGGGGACAGGGCUUGAUUCAAGUUGGCUGGGACUUGAUGGAGCUGGUCCAUCUACAGCUAUCAGAUCAGGUGGAUUGGGGAGAGUACAGAUGGUGAUGAGGCAUCUUGCGGCUGUAGGAGAAAACUAUGCCCAGACUGCUCUUGAAGAUGCUGCUUGGAGCCUUUGGCCUAUGAAUCCUUCUCAGGCAGGUACAUCCAGUUCAGCUUUACCUCCUCCUGGUUCUGCAAGAUACCCUGGAGCUGCCGGUGGUUUACAUAUAAGGACUACCUCAAGAGCUGCAAAUGAUAUAUCAAACAUACUUGCCAUGGCCGAAACGGUACGGGAGGUGCUGCCCCAUGUUCCCGAUGAACUAAUUUUCCAGGAUUUGCAGCGAACAAAUUCAGCUACUGUUACUGUGAAUAAUCUACUCCAAAUGUGAAUUGGUGUCACGUUUUCUUUCUUGUUAGUGGCCUUGCUUCAAGUAUUCAAGGGAGGCGAGUCCAAGCAUUUUGAGGGUUUGAAAUUUAGUGAUCUACAUUACUUGAGGUGCUAGAAUUAUCGGUGCAGCCUGAUUUCUUGCACCGUGUUGUUUCCGAUAUCCAUAAGCUCAUUUUCUGUAUAUACAAGCGGCUUACUAGUGCGAGCUGGAGAAGAAAGUGCAGAUAUAUAUAUAUAUAUAUAUAUCUUCUUAUUUUUUUGGAAUAAAUUUUGUUUAUAUGCAAAGUUCAACAAGCUGUUUUUUAUUUAUUUAUUUGAUUUUGGUACUACUUUUUGUUGCCUUUAGCCUGAAUAUAGGGUUAGAUGUAGAUGCAGCUCCACCAUAAGGUGAUACUAGGUGAGAAGUUGGGGUGACCGGAAAGCAACUGCUCGUCGGCAACCGGACCUAUGGCACUGGAGAGUUGUCAGUUUCGUACUCAUUGGGACAAUAAUAGAAUUGUGAUGGAGGAUUGAGGUCUUGAUUACACUACCUGACAAAAAAAAUUUGGUAUUGUAUCUCUAAAAUUUAUUACUUUAAUGGGUAUUUUUAUAAUUUUUAUGGGUUAUUUUAUAAUAAAAUGUUUU